CAGCUGUAAGCCCACAAACUCACUCACAUCUGGGAUUACACCAGAUCUGCAUACUCCGAAUAAGGUCCCCACCAAGCUGAAGCCAUGAGGAUCCAUAGCCUCACCCUGCUUUCCUUCCUCUUCCUGGCUGCUCAGGUGCUCUUGGGGGAGGGCCAAAAGGAAUUUGGGAAAUGGCAAAGCAGCACUGCAACCAAGGAUCAGUGGAUCCCUCUGGGCAAGCCCCAAACUGUGCAGAGAAGGCAGCAAGAAAAGCAUGUGGUCAGUGGCGUAAUUGUUACCCGAGACCGGGCCACAUGUUAUUUGACUGUGACUGAUCAUAAGGAGGGCACCACCCUGAUGGUGGAGUGCACCCGAUUUGACCACAAGUUUUCCUGUAUCUUUGCUGGCAAUCCAAAGUCCUGUAUAUCAUGUUUUCGAAGUGAUAUAAUCUACUGGAGACAAAUUGCCCAGAACUUGCACUGGCAAAACAACAUCUGUGAGGACACCAAGAUGGUCCUGAGGACCAGGGUGUGCGGUUGGAGGUUUCCAGAAUCCAAUUUGAAGCUGGUGUACUCCUCUCUGAUCCACGAUCCCAGCUAUGCUAAUAUUGAAUUCAACCCCUGGUGUCGUAUCUUUGUCAGAGGGGCCUCGGAUAAAAGUUCCAAGGAUGUCAAACACUACUAUCCCACGCAACAGAGCCAAACCAUACCUCCUCUCCCUACCAAGGAGAUCCAACUCCCAGAGACCACUCCCACAGUGCCCAUUUUGAAUGAAGAGACCACCACUGAGCAUUUGGUUGUGGAAAAGAGCACCACUACACAGCAGGCCACGAUUAGAGAGACCACCCUAGAACAGACCACCCCCACACAGCAGUUGGUUAUGAAAGGGGCCAUCACUACACAGCCAACCACAACCACAGAGACCACCCUGGAACAAACCACCCCCACACAGAGGUUGGUUGUGAAAGAGACCACCACGACAGAGAGGACCACGACCACAGAGACCACCCCGGAACAGACCACCCCCACAGAACGUUUGAUUGUGGAAGAGACCACCACAACAGAGCAGACCACAACCACGGAGACCACCCCAGAACAGACCACCCCCACAGAGCGGUUGGUUGUGGAAGAGACCACCACUACACAGCAGACAACAACCACAGAGACCACCCCAGAACAGACGACCCCCACAGAAUCCUUCUACACCAAAGAGGUUACCACCACCAUUCCAGUAAAGAUAGAAACCACGACCACCACCACAACUAAUCAUAAGGAUGACUCUAGCAUCAAAAUUAAGCAGAAGACAAUUCAGGAUACCUACAAGAAUAUAGACCAGAAGACAGUCUUGCAGAUGGACCUGGAUACAUUUGAGCAGCCAGACCUGGAUACAUUCCCGCAGACGGGCCUGGAUACAUUCCCGCAGAUGGACCUGGAUACAUUUGAGAUGCCUGCCCUGGGUACAUUCCAGCAGCCAGACCUGGAUACAUUUGAGCAGCCAGACCUGGGUGCAUUCCAGCCGCCAGACCUGGGUGCAUUCCAGCAGCCAGACCUGGAUACAUUUGAGCAGCCAGACCUGGGUGCAUUCCAGCAGCCAGACCUGGGUACAUUUGAGCAGCCAGACCUGGGUGCAUUCCAGCAGCCAGACCUGGAUACAUUCCAGCAGACAGACCUGGAUACAUUCCAGCAGACGGACCUGGAUACAUUCCAGCAGAUGGACCCGGAUACAUUCCAGCAGACAUACUAGGGUACAAUGAGAAGACAGCACAGCAGGAUAGCCCAGCAGAUGUAUCUGGUCACUGUCCAGCAUAUGGCCCCGAAUUACUGUGAGGAGUAAGAGCACCUUUGGCAAAAUCUUAGUCAUUGCAUUACAAAUAAUUGUCAUGAGUCAAAAGCAGAUGGAGUCAGUUAAGAAAUGUCAUGUCACUAGUCCCUCUGUAUGCUGCAAAGCUCUCCAAGUUCCCCAUAAAAUAAUGAAGUUUUGUGCUAUGAGAGUACAGUGGAAUAUUUAGAUUUUUGUGUGUAUGUGUGUUUUAAAAUUUCCUUUAUAUUCACUUGUGAUGUGAGUUUCAGAGGCUGUUUACCACAGGGUAUAUAUAAUUCCAUGGCCUACAAAGCUAUGUGUAUAUGCCCAGUGAGGACCUGUCUUUGAAGUGAAUGAGCCAAAUGAUGAUUUCAGGGUGAUGUUAUUUCUGUCAAAGUAGCAAAGAUAAUAAAG